AUGGUGACUAUGGCCGCCCAUGCGCCUGUCCUGACGGCAAUGGCCACUAUGCGAGAUGGCCAAAGGGAACAGAAGAAAGCGGCUCACCAGUACCUAGAGAGCUUCCAGAAGUCGACCGAGGCAUGGCAGGUUACGAUUGGGAUCCUACAGUCUGGGGCUGAACCAGAGGCACAACUGUUUGCUGCUACAACGUUGAGGGGAAAGAUUACCUACGAUGUUAACCAGAUACCCCCGGAUGCUCUUCCAUCCCUACGAGACCAGCUCCUAGAGCUGUUGAAAGCCUUCGCGACUGGGCCCCGACCGAUUCGAAUUCAACUUUGUGUUUGUCUGGCUAUUCUGGCGAUCCAGAUGACGGGGUGGAAGGAUGUGGUGCCGUUGGUGGUUUCAACACUGGGCAACAAUGCCGAAAGCUACGCCUGUAUCCUGGACUUCCUUAAAGUUCUUCCCGAAGAAGUUACCGAAGGACGAAAAAUCAAUUUGACUGAAGAUGAGUUGCACCAGAGAACGCAGGAGCUAUUAGGCGACAAUGCUCGUAUAGUAGUACAACUUUUGAUCAGUUAUGCUCAAUCAUCAGCCACCGCCGCGACCAACCCUCAGCUUCUUGAGGUCGUCACAUCCUGGCUUCGCGAAGUGCCUGUUGCCGACGUUGUAAAUUCGCCCCUCCUGGACGUUGUGCUCAGCGCUUUAGAUUCCGAAAGGUCCUUCGAUACUGCUACAGAUUGUCUCUGUGCCAUUUUCAGGGAGACACGGGAUGUGGAUGAGUAUCUCCCAACAAUCCAGAUCCUCUUGCCUCGAGUUAUUGCACUCCAGCCUCGGAUUCGCCAAGCAGCAGAGCAGGAAGAUACAGAACUUUUCAAAGGUAUAACUCGAAUCUUUGCCGAAGCGGGAGAAUCAUGGGUGGUCUUGAUUGCUCGUGAGCCUGCGGUUUUCCGACCUCUAGUAUCAGCAGUAUUGGAAUGUGCGGCUUUAGACAUGGACCGAGAUGCUAUUGGUUUGACUUUCCUAUUCUGGUAUGAGUUGAAGCUCUACCUCAUCCUUGAGAGAUACAUUGAAGCCCGAGUCCAAUACGUGGACAUCUAUGCCAAGCUUGUGGAUAUCUUACUGAAGCAACUUGAAUUCCCAUCUGCAGCUGGAUCGAACGAGACGGACUUGUUUGAUGGAGACCGAGAAGCAGAGGAAAAAUUCCGCGAGUUCAGACAUCACAUGGGCGAUGCCCUCAAAGACUGCUGCGAGAUUAUGGGGGUCACUGAAUGCCUUUCUAAAGUACUGGAACGUAUCAAGGCAUGGAUGGCUUCCUAUGCAAGCCAAGCUACUGCAACUUCAGUUCCACACUGGCAGCAACUCGAAGCCCCUCUCUUUAGCAUGCGUGCUAUGGGAAGAAUGGUUGACAAAGAAGAGGACAUCAUUUUGCCACAGAUCAUGCCUUUGAUUGUCCAAAUUCCCCACCAUGAGAAGCUGCGAUUUGCCACUAUUAUGGUCCUUGGACGUUACACUGAAUGGACUGCAAAUCAUCCGGAAUAUCUAGAAUCUCAGUUUCAAUAUAUCGUGUCAUCUUUUGGAACCGAUUCCAAGGAGAUUGUGCGAGCUGCCGCCAUGUCGAUGAAAUUCUUCUGUACAGACUGCAAGCACCUUCUAGGUAGUCAAGUAGUACAGCUCCAGCAAUUCUACGACCAGACGCUUGACAAAUUACCUGGCAUAAGUCAAGAAGAGUUGACCGAAGGUGUUGCCUCAGUCGUUGCUGUUCAGCCACCUUCGCAGACUUUCGAGCUCAUGAAGCUCUACUGUGAUCCAUUGAUGGCUAGAUUGAUGGUAAGAGCUAAUGCGGCUUCUGAUGAGGACGGAAAAUUAGCAGUUGCAGAUCUCGUCGGGUUGAUCACAUGGUUCAUUCAAAUUGUCACACCUUAUGUUGAACCUGGACAAGAAAAUCCCGCUGUCAAGUACUGCAAUGAAAUUUUCCCCAUCUUGUCCACAAUCCUGGACAGUUUCGUUGGCUUCACACCGAUUUGUGAACGGAUCUGCCGCUGCUGGCGAUUUAUGAUAAUAUCAUACCGCACAGCAAUGGCGCCCUUACUUCCCCAGAUGGCCAAUAAACUUGCCAGUGGAUUUGCUGCCUCAAAGCAAGGCUGCUUCCUCUGGGUCACUGCCGCCAUCUUGCGCGAGUUCUCCGAGGAUCGAGAGCACGUGGAUGAGCAGACGACCGAGGCCAUCUACGCCUUUUUCGAGGCUCAAGCAACAAAUAUGCUACAAAUGAUGAGCGAUCUACCUCCUACUGAUCUCCCAGAUGUCAUUGAGGAUUUCUAUCGACUUCUCACUGAUGCUCUACUCUACUACCCCUACAAGCUAAUCCGCUCACCACUAUUUACUCCGAUAUUCCAGGCAGGCAUCUCCGCACUCGCUUUAGAGCAACGCGAUCCACUCAUCGCCACUUUACAUUACCUCCGCGAUGUCAUUGGAUAUGGUGGUGACAAUCCUCCAAGCUCCACCAACAGCCCAAAUCCCCCAGAAAUAAAGCAAGCCGUACAGGAGCUUAUCAUCUCGAAUGGGGAAUUCUUGGUGAAGCAAAUUAUGGCUGGCAUGAUGAUCACAUUUCCCAGUGAUUGUUUCACCGAUGGUAGUGGUGCGUUAUUGGGCUUGUUCCAACUUCUACCACAGCAAACUGCCACCUGGGUUGACAAAACUGUGCGAAUGCUGCCGUCUGGCACUGUUCGCGAAGCCGAGAUCGACAAGCUCAUGGCGGGCAUAAGGGAGCGACUAGCGCUUGGAGAGGACGGACAUAGGAAGGUCCGCAUUCUUCUUCAAGACUUCACCAACAUCUAUCGACGAAGAUAUGUUGCGCCUCGAGACGGGCUGGGUCGGCUAGAAGCUGAGAGAUUUCAUUUCAAUGCCUAA